CGUGCACUGGGAGGUCUAGAUCUGUCGAAACUGUCGGAGCGCUCAGGACUUCCAAUACUCUCACAAUUCCAGAGACGGUUCCUUAACAGACAAAUGUCUAAAGAGUUGGAUCCAAACCAACAGAAAACACUCGAAGGACAGCCGCCAAGUGGUGUCCCAUCGAAGGCAACCCAACGCUCAGCCAAAAGUGAGUCU